ACAACAGUACAGAGUAUCAGACACCACGAUGAAGAAUUUGGCGAUUCUCUUUCUGAUUGCGACAGUGCUGCCCUCUGUCUGGACGAGAUCUCAUAAAGAAGCAGACGACAUUUUGGUUGAACGAGGAGACGACUUGGACAUCACCAGCCUAUCAGAAGAUGAAUUGAAGCAGUUUGUCGACGAAGCCCGUGAAAGCCUGAAAAGAGCUGCUGAGGAACUCUUUGACGACGAAGCGGUGCAAUCACAGACACCUGACAAACGGCAGAGGUUACCGCCCAGUCCUAAGUUCCCUGUCCCCAAGUUCAACUUCAAACCACCACCACCAGUUCCCAAGAUACCGUUCAAAACUAACUUCAACUUAGGAAAGGGUUUUAAAUUGGGAACCAACGGAUUAUCGUUCCAGCGAGGAAAUUUCAGAGCAAACCUGAAACCAACGUUUUCAUUUGGGAAAUCCGGACUUAAAUUCACUGGCGGGCAAUUUAGAAUCGGAUAUAGGUUCGGUUAAAAGAACGUUUGUAUCAUGGAAAAAGAUGAUUUAAAAAACAAGUAUUCAAAAUAAAUCUGAUUAUUAUAACAAUUA